AUGGAAGCGGGCGCCUCACUACCUACACCGUUACCGUCAUCUAAUUCUCCAGAACCCACAACACAAAAAGGCAUCGUGGAGCAGUUACUUGAUAGAAAGUUGUCGGAGGGUGACUUCUGGUAUGUGGUGGUAGCCGAAUGGUUGGAACACCUUAAAAAAUACCUGGGUAUAGCAACUACCAGGAAAUAUUAUCAAAAUAAAACCGCUUCGCCACCUGGGCCUAUUUACACGCGCCGAGAUUACGCUCAUACUGUCGACUUUUUACACGAAGAUGCCUGGCGAAUGUUAGUAAGUUGGUAUGGACUCGCCGAAGGUCAUAAACCUAUG